UGAUAAUUUAAGUCCAGCGUCGCUCAAGGCGACUGGUGAAAUGGGAGCUGCGGGGCCUAGCACCGACAUCUGGUCUAAUACCUACUUACUUGUUGACUCAACCAUCAGUAAUAAUUUUCGCGCAUGAUUUGCCCAGCUGUCUGCUAGCUGUCAUCUCAAGGUCAUCAGUCUAGACCCUGCACUCAUUGUACGAGACAGAUUUGAAUUUGUUCCUGUUUACUUGAUUGUUCCACUUCCAAUAGCUUGUCCGCCUUAAGGUACCUCUCCUCUGAGGAUGGAUCCCACAAAGCGAGCAGGCAUUGACCGAGAGCUUUUGGGCCUCGCCGAACCUCCGAUUCCAAACGGAUCAACAUCUGAAACAACAUCUUCGAAUCAGAUCAAGGCACCACAGCUCGGAUGUUCCGAUUCGACUUCCAAAUAUUCACAAGUGGAAACAAAAGACUCUAGUCAAAGCGGCCCACUCCUCCCAUGGCGCAUCAAUGUCACCGAUGAAGACGUUAAUACUGGAACGCGUUACGAAGAGGCGGUAGGAAAGCCCCGGCUCAUUAACGGAGAAAAGCAGAACCUAGGGUCAUUUGGAGGCGGCUCAUCCGAUGCUGGAGCCUCUAACUGCAGCUUUCUAAGUAUUGUACCUGUGCAGGAUAUGGGCCAUUCAGAUUACAUUGAGUGGGAGUCAUCGGAAGUGGCGAAUGAUGGUGUAAGGACCCAGGCAUCACAAGCUACCUAUCCUGCACCAUGGCCUCAGGACAACACCAACGACGAUGCCGAUGUUCAGACCAUGAGCGACGUUAUGUUUGCCGCCAGCAUAACUUCGGCGUCGGAAGACAAAGACUUUUUGCCUCUCGAUGCACUCCGCCGAAUCGUGACUCCAUCGGCCGUACAGAGGCUUUUAGGACAUGCAUUCCCUCAUUUCAAACCCAAAGUCAUCAACAGCUGGGUCUCCAGUAUUAGUGGCAAGCCAGAUGAGUGAAGUUGAUCGAAGACUUUCUCAAACACGACAUUGACGACAGUUAUUUACCUCUGGAAAUAAAACGGAACUCCCGUCACAAACCUGUCAUCCAACUUCAGAAGAAGGAUGGUACGAUCUUGAGUUGUUUAGACCAUUGGCGUAACAAGCACAUCAAAAAUUUUGUUCAAUGCC